GUUAGCAUUAGCAAGGGGCCGGAGGAUCACUACAGCAAGCAUACACCAUGACAGCCAUCAAGCAUGCUCUCCAGAGGGACAUCUUCACACCCAAUGAUGAGCGUCUCCUUAGUAUUGUUAAUGUCUGCAAAGCAGGAAAGAAAAAGAAGAACUGCUUCUUGUGUGCAACAGUCACAACAGAGAGACCUGUCCAGGUUAAAGUUGUGAAGGUGAAGAAAUCUGACAAAGGGGACUUCUACAAGCGACAAAUGGCCUGGGAGCUGCGGGACCUGGCGGAAGUGGAUGCCAAAGAUGCAAGCAAGGAAAACCCAGAAUUUGACCUUCAUUUUGAGAAGGUAUACCGGUGGGUGGCCAGCAGUACAGCUGAAAAGAACUCUUUCAUUUCCUGUAUUUGGAAGCUGAACCAGCGAUACCUUCGGAAGAAGGUGGAGUUUGUGAAUGUCAGUUCUCAGCUGUUGGAAGAGUCAGUGCCGAGUGGUGAGAGCCAGAGUGUUGCUGGGGGCGAUGAGGAUGCCCUGGAUGACUACCAGGAGUUGAAUGCUCGGGAAGAGCAGGACAUUGAGAGCAUGAUGGAAGUGUGCGAGUAUGCUAUCUCCAACGCUGAGGCCUUUGCAGAAAAACUCUCCAGGGAGCUACAGGUUCUAGAUGGGGCCAAUAUCCAGUCGAUCAUGGCGUCGGAGAAGCAGGUGAACAUCCUGAUGCAGCUACUGGAGGAGGCCCUGGCAGAGGUGGACACCAUUGAGGGCAAGCUGAGCAGCUAUGAAGAGAUGCUCCAGAGUGUCAAGGAGCAGAUGGACCAGAUCUCUCAGAGCAACCGCCUCAUCCAGAUUAGCAAGACUAACAAUGGGAAGUUGUUGGAUGAGAUCCAGUUCUUGGUGAACUACAUGGACCUGUCAAAGGGGCACAUCAGAGCCUUGCAGGAGGGGGACCUGUCUUCUCCUAAAGGUAUUGAAGCCUGCAUCAACGCCUCCGAAGCUCUCCUGCAAUGCAUGAACGUGGCGCUCCGACCAGGCCAUGACAAACUGAUGGCAGUGAAGCAGCAGCAGCACCUGUUUAGUGAGCUCAGAGACACCUUUGCCCGCCGCCUCACCAAUCACCUCAACAACGUGUUUGUUCACCAGGGCCAUGACCAAAGCUCCACCCUGUCGCAGCACCAAGUUGAGCUGACCCUGCCCAAACACAGCCCCCUCCACAGGGACUUGUUGCGCUAUGCUAAGCUCAUGGAGUGGCUGAAGAACACACACAGGGAAAAGUACGAGGGCCUGUCAAGGACCUAUGUUGACUACAUGACCAGACUGUAUGAACGAGAAAUUAAAGAUUUCUUUGAGGUUGCCAAAAUAAAGAUGGCAGGUACAACAAAAGAGGCGAAGGGAAAAUUUGCCACGCUUCCACGGAAAGAGAGUGCACUCAAACAGGAAACUGAAAGCCUACAUGGCAGCUCUGGAAAGCUGACAGGUUCUACCUCGAGUCUGAACAAGUUGGCAGUGCAGGGCUCCAACAGCAGGCGCUCGCAGUCUUCUUCACUGCUGGACAUGGGCAACAUGUCGGCAUCUGACCUAGACGUGGCUGACAGGACCAAGUUUGAUAAGAUUUUUGAGCAGGUCCUCAGUGAGCUGGAGCCUCUCUGUCUAGCAGAACAGGACUUCAUCAGCAAGUUCUUUAAGCUGCAGCAGCAUCCAACAGUCACACCUCCCCUUGCUCAGCCUGAAACAGAAGAAUUAGAUGGAGGGUUGCUGUCCAGAAUACCCUCCCAAGGGGAACACAGACACUCCUUGUCAUCAGACAAAGACAUGGUGCGGCUGAUGAUGAAUAAAAUCUUUCAGAGCAUAGAGACUGAACUCAACAGUCUCAUUGCCUUGGGCGACAAGAUUGACAGCUUCCAUUCCCUCUACAUGCUGGUGAAGAUGAGCCACCAUGUGUGGACGGCGGAGAAUGUGGACCCUGCCUCAUAUCUCAGUACUACUCUGGGAAAUGUGCUCGUCACUGUCAAGAGGAACUUUGACAAAUGCAUUUCGGGUCAGAUCAGACAGAUGGAGGAAGUGAAGAUUUCUAAGAAAAGCAAGGUUGGAAUCCUGCCUUUUGUUACUGGGUUUGAGGAGUUUGCUGAGCUGGCUGAAACAAUCUUUCGAAAUGCAGAGCGCCGAGGGGAUCUGGAUAAGGCUUAUGUCAAACUCAUUAGGGCUGUCUUCAUGAAUGUGGAGAAGGUAGCCAAUGAAAGCCAGAAGACGCCACGGGACGUUGUGAUGAUGGAGAAUUUCCACCACAUCUUUUCUACUCUGUCACGUCUGAAAAUCUCGUGUCUCGAGGCAGAAAGGCGAGAGGCGAAGCACAAGUACACAGACCAUCUGCAAUCCUAUGUCAUCAACUCUCUGGGCCAGCCUCUGGAGAAACUCAAUCAUUUCUUUGAGGGGGUUGAGGCGCGUGUGGCACAGGGGGUUCGUGAGGAAGAGGUGAGCUACCAGCUUGCCUUUAACAAACAAGAACUGCGAAAAGUUAUCAAAGAAUACCCUGGCAAGGAGGUGAAAAAGGGACUUGACAACCUGUACAAGAAAGUGGACAAACAUCUGUGUGAGGAGGAGAGUCUGCUACAGGUGGUGUGGCACUCUAUGCAGGACGAGUUCAUCCGGCAGUACAAGCACUUUGAAGGUUUGAUUGGCCGUUGCUACCCUGGGUCUGGAAUCACAAUGGAGUUCACCAUUCAAGAUAUGUUGGAGUAUUUCUCCAGCAUCGCACAGUCUCAUUAGUUCAGCAACUUUGAGCUUUUCCAUAGUGCUGUGCUACUGCCACAGUGCGGGUGAAGACACACCACUUGCAAACGCAUCCCAGCCAUUGCUUUGCGGCCAAUAAAUUGUCAGUAUGAUGAGUGUGUAAGAGACUUGUAAAUAGGUCACAUUGUUACGUGCGUGCACGCGCGCACACACACACACACACACACACACACAUAUACAUACAUACAUAUAUAUAUAUAUAUAUAUAUAUAUAUAUAUUUAGAUGCCUUUUUUCUCCAACUUUAUUUCACUGUUGUCACUUCUGAUCAGAAUUGUACUUUUGAAGUAUGACAUUUUCUGAGAUUGUUUUGAUUUAUGUCAAUGUCAUGUACAUAAUAAAUCAAUAAUU